AUGUCGACCCUGCGGCAGCGUACCGGUCGUGCAGACGAUGCGUCGUCGUCGUCGACAGCAGUGAGCGCAUCGUCGUCUGCGCUGAACGAGACGCCGACGGCGUCGGAAGGCCGUGUGGAUUGCCCCCAAAGCGAAUCCGAAGCGAGCGACUGGUCGUCGGUGCUCCUCCUCCUCCUGUUGUACACGCUGCAGGGCAUUCCGAUGGGUCUGUCCAGCAGCAUUCCGUUCAUUUUGCAGGAGAAAGUCGGCUACGGCGACCAAGCGACGUUCAGUCUCGUGUCAUGGCCGUUCAGUCUCAAGCUCCUCUGGGCGCCGUUCGUGGACUCGCUGUACAGCGAGCGCUUUGGCCGUCGCAAGUCGUGGCUCAUUCCCGUGCAGUUUGUCUGUGCAGGCAUGAUGGUCAUUGGCAGCUGGUUCAUGGACGACAUGCUCGGGGAAGGCGAGGGCCAGACGCCGCACGUCGUGUACCUCACGGUGUUUUUCUUCGUGCUGUACUUCAUCAUGGCUACACAAGACAUUGCUGUCGAUGGCUGGGCCAUCACAAUGCUCUCGAAGAAGAACGUUGGCCAUGCAUCCACGUGCAAUACAGUGGGUCAAACGGUUGGCUACUUUGUGGCCUACGUGGGCUUUCUGGCACUGAACGACCCAGCGACAUGCAACAGCUACUUGCGCACUGAUCCAGCGGACGACGGCAUGGUGUCACUGCCGGGCUUUAUGCGCUUCUGGGGCUGGAUCAUGUUCUUUACGACGCUGGGUGUGUGGAUGUUCAAGCACGAGAAGCCAGAGGACGAGGGGAGUGAGCGGUUGAGCAUUGCUCAGACUUAUGCGCAGAUGUACUCGGUGCUGCGUCUGCCAAGCGUCGUGUCGCUGUCAGUGGUGCUACUUACGAGCAAGAUUGGGUUUGCUGCUGCGGAGAGUGUGGCGUCGCUGAAGCUGGUGGAAUACGGAAUGAAGAAGGAGAAGCUGGCUUUGCUGACACCGAUUCUGAUCCCGCUUGGGAUUGUGAUCCCUGUGAUGAUCAGUCGAUGGAUUAAACCGUCACAGCCGCUCAACCUGUUUCUCUGGGGUUACCCAGUGCGACUCGCGGUAGGGCUUUUGUAUGCCGGGCUCGUGUACGUCACGCCGAUGGUGAUGGCUCAGGAAGAGAGCUCUCACUUUGCUUUCUACGGCAUGAUCUUGGUCAUCGGUGCACUGCACGAAGUGGCGGCCAACAUGAUGUACGUCCCGCAGAUGGCCUUCUACGCCCGUAUCAGCGAUCCGUCCAUUGGUGGCACCUACAUGACUUUCCUCAACACUGUCACAAAUUUGGGCUCCAAGUGGCCCAACUCGCUCAGUCUUGCUGUCGUAGACCGUCUCACCACGCGAGAGUGUCUGGGCGGCAACUUCCACGACGAAGUGCUGGACAUUGGAUCCCGCACGUGCUCGGAUGCCGAGGAGCGGAAGGUCUGUGUGGAUGCUGGUGGCGAGUGCCUCAUUGUGCGUGACGGCUUCUAUGUGGAGUCUGUCAUAUGUUUGGUGAUUGGCGUGGUCUGGCUGCUCUUCUUCUACCGUCGCAUCCAGUUUCUGCAAAACCUCAAGAUCCACAAGUGGCGCGUGAAUGGGACGGCCGAGUAG